UUUUUGUAGAAUAAUUUUUGGACACAACAUCAAACAAUACGAACAGCCUCAUUGUUAAUUGUGACAAUGGCGUGUCAGGGAGCCAGCGUGUGGAUUCCUGACCCAGAUGCCGUGUGGGUGCCAGCCCAGCUUCUCCAGGACUACACGCGUGACGAGAAACAUGUACUGCUGCAGCUUCCUGGAGGGGAGGAGGUACGUUACCCAGUGGCGGCGCCCUCUGACCUUCCCCCGCUUGCCAACCCUGACAUAUCUGAGGGCGAGAGUGACCUGACUGCGCUCAGCUUCCUCCACGAGCCCGCCAUCCUGCACAACUUGCGCGUUCGCUUCGUGGACUACAACAGCAUCUACACGUACUGUGGUAUCGUCCUGGUGGCCAUCAAUCCCUACGAUCAGCUGCCCAUCUACGGCGAGGAGGUGAUUGACGCUUACAGCGGUCAGGACAUGGCUGACAUGGAGCCUCACAUCUUCUCUGUGGCUGAAAACGCCUACCGCACCAUGAUGAGGGAGGAGAAAAACCAGUCCAUCAUCAUCAGCGGUGAGUCCGGCUCAGGAAAAACGGUAUCGGCCAAAUUCACCAUGAGAUUCUUCGCCGUGGUGGGCGGAGCUGCUCAGCAGACCAGCGUAGAGGAAAAAGUGCUGGCCUCCAACCCUAUCAUGGAGGCCAUUGGGAACGCCAAAACGACAAGGAACGACAACAGCAGUCGCUUUGGGAAGUACAUCCAGAUCAGCUUCGGCAGGAAAGGAGACAUCAUCGGAGCCAACAUGAGCACAUACCUGCUAGAGAAGUCCAGGGUUGUCUUUCAGGCACCAGCGGAGAGAAACUACCACAUCUUCUACCAGCUGUGUGCCUCCAGACAGCUGUCUGAACUGAGAUCACUAAAACUGGCCACUCCUGAGCAUUUCCGCUACACCAACCAGGGAAGAGACUCAAACAUACCGUGUACUGAUGAUGUGAUGGAGCUAGAGCGCACUCGCAGUGCUUUCACCAUCCUGGGUGUGCUGCCAGACCAGCAGAUAGAGCUGUUCAGAAUCCUGGCUGCUGUUCUACACUUGGGGAACGUCAACAUUCAAGCCAGCGGGCGGGGUUCAGAGCGCAGCUACAUUGAUGCAGAUGACGUCUCCCUGGCCAUCUUCUCCAAGCUACUGGGGGUGGAGGCAGCCCUAAUGGCCCACUGGCUGUGUCACCGCAAGCUGCAGCUGGGAGGGGAGACCCUGGUCAAGCCCAUGUCGGGCCAGCAGGCUGUCGACGCCCGAGAUGCUCUAGCCAAGCACGUCUACGAACAGAUGUUCAAGUGGACUGUGCAUAGGCUCAACGUUACCCUGCGCAGUCAAUCGGGUCGGGCCGGCUCCUUCAUAGGGGUACUAGACAUCUACGGCUUUGAGACGUUUGAGCGCAACAGUUUUGAGCAGUUCUGUAUCAACUACGCCAACGAAAAGCUGCAACAGCAGUUCAACCGGCACGUCUUCCACCUGGAGCAGGAGGAGUACGAACGCGAGGAGCUGACCUGGAGCAGGAUAGAGUUCAGCGACAACCAGCAGUGUAUUCUUCUCAUCGAAGGACCACUCGGCCUGUUAGACCUGUUGGACGAGGAGUGCAGGAUGCCCAAAGGUUCUGAUGAGAGCUGGGUUCUGAAGCUGUACGACCAGCACCUGACAGGCAGAGCUCACCCUCACUUUUGUAAACCUCGCAUGUCCAACAGCGCCUUCGUCAUCCUGCACUUUGCUGACAAGGUCCAGUACGAAUGUGGUGGCUUCUUGGACAAGAAUCGAGACACCGUCUUUGAGGAGUUGGUCAACAUUUUAAAAGCCAGUCAGUCAGAGCUGGUGGCUGAGUUGUUCCAGCAGCAGGGAAGCAAAGCUAGUGUGGCCAACGGAAGUGUCCGCUCAGGAAGAAGAGCCCACAGGGAGCACAAGUUGACUGUGGGCUUUCAGUUCCGUCAGUCCUUGCAGCUGCUGAUGGACACACUGAGCAGCACCACUCCUCACUAUGUGCGCUGUAUUAAACCCAACGACCUCAAGGAGCCUUUUAUGUUUGACCCGAAGAGGGCUGUCCAGCAGCUGAGGGCUUGUGGCGUUCUGGAGACCAUCCGAAUCAGCGCUGCAGGUUUUCCAUCCAGAUGGACAUACGAAGAGUUCUUCUUCAGGUACCAUGUUCUGUUGCGAGGCUCCCAAUGCUGCGAAGAAGUCCAACUGGUGUGCCGCCAUGCUCUACCUCAGCUCAUACCUGACCCGGACCAGUACGUCUUUGGAAGGACCAAAGUGUUUUUCCGGGCGGGGCAGGUGGCACUCCUUGAGAGGUUGAGAGCGGAAAGACUGCGGGCGGCCGCUGUCGUCCUUCAGAGUUUGGUGAGAGGAUGGCUGGCCCGGAUUCACUACACCAGAACCCUCCGGGCAACCGUCACCUUACAAAGACAUUGCAGAGGAGCUCUGGCCAGGCGAUUGGCUUGGACCCUACGCUACUGCAAGGCUGCUCUCGUCAUCCAGAAGACCUACCGCAUGCUGGUGGCCAGACACGGGUUCCUCCUGAUCCGACAGGCCGCCAUCACCAUCCAGGCUUUCAUCAGAGGCACGCUGACCCGCCGCAAUUACAGACUGCUGGUGGCAAACAGAGCCGCCUCUCUGCUCCAGGCCAGAGUGCGAGGGUGGUUGGCCAGGAGGGCCUUCAUCAGGUUCCGUGCGGCAGUGGUCUUCGCGCAGUGCUGCGUACGUCGUAAAGCGGCGAGAAGGGAGCUGCUGAAACUCAAGACCGAAGCUCGCUCAGUGGAGAAGUACCAAGAGCUCAACAAGGGCAUGGAGGUCAAACUGAUGCAGCUGCAGAUAAAAGCAGACCAGAAGGCCAGAGAGAGUGCUGCUCUAAAAGAGAGUCUGCGUGCUGAGCGAGAGGCUGCCGCGAUUGAACUCUGCACUCUGAAGGCCACAAUACAGAAACUUGAAGAACAUCAGAAACACUUAACUGCUCCUCCUGUUUCCAUCGUAAGCGAGGAGGCGGAGCAGGAAAUAAGACGAGCAGACAAGAAGGCUGCCCAGGAACUCCUCCAGCUAACACAAGAGGUGGAAGCCCUGCAGAGAGAGAAGGUCUCCUUGAGCACAGAAAGAGAGCGUUUGACCGCAUGUCUUCUACAGCAGGAAGAAGCACAAGAAGCUCUUGUGCGGCAAGCGGUGUCUCAGGCCACGGAAGCUAUAAAAGUGCAGCUGGAUGAGGAGAGGAGGAAGCACCAAGGCCUCCUGAGGGAGUUCACCAGGCUGGAACAGCGAUAUGACAACCUGAGGGAGAUGAGCCAGCUCACUCAGGACAUGAAGGGCUACAGAAGGACAGACUCCACUCAGAGCUUAGAACCUCUGUCGCCUCAGUCUCUAAGUCCCCUGUCCUUCUCCUCCUCCACAUCUACAUUCCCUUCUCCUGAGGAGGUCCGCAGGGUCAGCGUGACAUCUCCCACUACAGAAGCAGGAGUCUCCAUGCAGAGUCUGGCAUCACCUAUGGUGCUACUGGAGGCUCGUGAGCAGGAGUGUGUGAGACUGAGGAAAGAGCUGAAUGACCUUCGGAACACUGUCCCACUCAGACGCCUCCUGACACAAGUAUUUCCAUCAGCGUUUCCCACUGAGAACUCUUCUUCAUCCAAUCAACACAAAGCAGCUUCAACCACUGGUCUGCUUGAAUGCAGGAGAAGAGACGAGAACAAACUCAUGAAGAAUCUCAUCACAGACAUCCGUACAGACAUAGCCAUGUCUCUGCCUCCUGGGCUGCCGGCCAGCGUGGUGUUCCUGUGUGUACGCCAGGCGGACUGCAGGGGGGAUCAAACUAGUGCUUCUUCGCUGUGUCGCGGUGCCGUCACCGCCAUGAAGACAGCUCUAAGGAAACACACCAAUGACUUGAACAUGACGGCGCUGUGGCUGAAAAACAUCAGUUUGUUGCAUGACCUGCUGAGUCAGCACGCCCCAAAACAGCUUACAACCCAUCCAGAAGAAGUGGUACCCUUGACUUUUAACCUCAGCGAUUCAUUGCACACCCUGAGCGAGCUCCGCAUUCUGGCCUAUCAGCAGCUCAUCUCCAUCACUGAGACACAACUGCAUAACAUCACAGCCGCCGCCCUGUUGGAAGGCGAAGACAUACCAGGCUCGAGGAAGCGAGCAAGCUCAGACCCGAGGACCACACGGGCCGACGCUCCCACUGUGGCCUCGGUGCUGAGAGAGCUGGGGGUCCUCCACGUCGCCAUGUCCCAUCAGGCUUUGCGCCCGCAGCUGCUGGAGCAAGCCUUCCAGCAGCUCACCUACUUCAUCUCCGCCUCCGCUUUCAACAGCCUGCUGCUCAGGAAGGAUGUGUGCUGCUGCAGUCGUGCUAUUUUAAUACGGCUGAAUGUGAGUCAGCUGGAGGAGUGGCUGCGUAGCCGAGGUUUGCUGACAGAGGGCGCUGUGGCCGCAAUGGAGCCUCUCAUUCAGGCUGUUCAGCUGCUGCAGGUUGGGAAGAAGAGUGAAAAGGAUGCACAGACCCUCGUGCAGACCUGCACCGCCCUCAGCAGCCAGCAGAUUGUGAAGAUCCUCAGCAACUACUCACCGCACGGUGACCUCGACGAAAGAGUCUCGCUCAAUUUCAUCCGCCUGGUGCAGGGACUCUUCAAAGACCGUGCAGACGCUCAACCCCGGCAGCACCUCCUAGACGUGAAGCGGGUGUUUCCUGUCACCUUCCCCGACGCCACGCCUCCUGCCGUACGCGCUGACAAGUUGGUCAUCCCGGAUUCCCUUAAGCUCUCUUUUUUACGCAGAGUAUAAACCAGGGGUUCCCAAACUUUUUGACUCGGGGGCCGCAUUGGGUUAAAGCAAUUUGGCCGGAAAAAAAUCAUUUUUAGACGAUAUGAUUUGCCUGAGCGGCUAAGGGACACCGAGCGUAACAAGCAGUAGAAAAUGGAUUAGAACGGAAAGAUUUUAAAAGAUAAUACUUUUUUUUUUUUUUUAAACUUGGGACUUCCCGCGGGCCGGAUUUUGGACACUGGCGGGCCAAAUUCAGUGUGGGGACCAGGUAUAAACUAACAAAUGAAGUCGAAACAACAAUAUUGUUCAAUUUUUAUUUGAAGCAAAAACACGACGAGACUGUAGUCCCAGUAAACCUCAACAUUUCAUCAAGAACCAUAUUUAAAAAAAAACCCAUUAGAAACAUUGUGUAUAAAAAAAAGUCCCAUGCGACUACUUUGUACCACUACACAUCAUCAGUAAUAUAUAUUUAUAUAUUCACAAACAUUUGAAUAUCAAAAUAAAGGACAACA